GGUUCGGCCGCUAUCACCUGGGCGCAUGUGCGUGAGGCGCAACAGCAUGCGUGGGCGGAGUCGUCUUCUUCCAGCUUGUUCAGGUCUCAGCACUACGGCAUCCCAUCACCGCCCAUCACCGCAACAACAGCAGCCGCAGCUGCCGUCGCCGCCGCCACAGCAGCCGGCUCCGCAGCCCUGUCCAUCGCCUCCGCAGCCCCCUCCUCGCCGCUCCAAGCCCAGUCGUCCCUCACCGACCUAAGCACCACAGGCAACGGCACCUGUGACGGCUCCCUGCCCCCACCUCCGCCUCUCACCGCCGUUAACAGCGCCCUCUCCGUCUCCUACGCCAUCCCCCUCAGCCUCCACCAGCUCCCUGCGUCUAAGCGGCGGCGUCCUCUCCUCCACCGGGCGCUGCGCCCUGGGCGGCGUCAGCGACUUGGCCGAGUUGGAUCGGGACCUUCGAGACCGCGAGCGAGACCUGAUCAGCGGCUAUCCUCCUCGCAGCUCAUGCAUGGCGGGCAACAGCCCGUUGGGCAGCGCAUGGGGGUGUGCUGACCGGGGGGGCUCACCCGUACGCGGCAUGCGGGAUAACACCGCAGCCGCGGGGCUGCUAGCGUUCGAGGCCCUUGUGGGACCGCCCUUUGCCUCCCUGGGAUUGCUGGAAGGUGGCGGCGGCGGAGGUAGCGGCGGCGGCGGCGGAGGCCGGGAAAGUACGGCAGUGGUGACGUCAGCGCAGUUGCAAGCCAUGCAGCAGCAGGCGGCGCAGGUGCACACGCUGCAGCGGCGGACGCUGAUGCUGCGGCUGCCGCAUGGCUGGUCGACGCUGGGAGUCGAGCUACCGGCGGUUGCCGUACAGGACGGCGGCGGUACGGCAGGAGGUGGUGGCGGUACGACAUCAGGGGGUGGUUGUACGACAGGAGGUGGAGGCGGCGCGUGUUUGCUGGUUCUUCCCAGCGACAAGCCGGCUACUCGAGCUGAGGCGGUGGCGGUGGAGGCGCUGCUGCUGGAGAUGCUGAAGGACCCGGCGGGGGCGGCGGAGAGGGCUGGCACAUGGCGUGCGGAGGUGCUGGGCUCGCUGUGCAGCGAGGCCAUCGCCUGCAUCCACGAGGCGGGCAGGCUGCGGCAGGCGCAUGGUCUGGGG